AUGCUCCCGCGAACAGGAGGCGUCGUUGUCGGAUCGUGGCUUCAACGCUCUGGCAUUCGACCCCUUCAGCGUCUGGGCGUAAAGAGAGCGGCCGGAAGGUGUCGUUCUUGUGCUGCACCCGAUGACUCGGAGGAGCAGUCGGUGGUGUAUCGACAGCAGCGUCUGAUAGUGGCCGCUGAGUGGUGACCUUGUCAUGCAGCUGUACAGCAGUGCCUCGAUCGCCUCCGCCUGGAGCAGGCGGAUCUUGAGUCGGAAUGGCGCUUUCGGUCUGUCGAAGAGCUCCCAGCCAUAUCGCCUGGGGCACGCCCACGCUCCCUUGCUCCUGUAGUUGAUAUCCCGGGUGAGGUCGCCAUGUUCGUUGACGAGGGCACCGAGGUACCGGAACUCGGUCGUCUGGGCGUAUUUCUGUCUCGCGGCUUCGAUGGUCAGCGGUGGAGGCGGGGGAGGGCUGUGAUGUUGUAGUCGGCUUGUCCUUCGCGCGCAUCAGGAGCGUCUCCGUCUUCUUCUCCGAUACCGUCAGCCCGAACUCCCCGAACACCUCAACGAUGAUGGUCAUCAUUCUCGCCUGUCCUUCUGCAGACCUCGAUACGACGCCGGCAUCAUCGGCAUACAGCAUCCCCCAUACUGCCCUCCGUACUCGGUCAAGGGGUGUCUCCUCCCCCCCCCCGGGCUUCCGUCUUCCCCUCCUUCAAGCACACUAGCCUCCGCAGAACAACAUCAUCCUCGCUGAAUCGGAUGACAACGACCUCGAGGACCUCGGCGAAGAAGUUGUUGAACAGCAGUGGGGAUAGCACACAUCCUUGUCGCACGUCCUGUGUCACGAAGAACCAGUCCGAUAGUUCUCCGUCGUCCAUGCGCACCCGGGCCCGCAUUCCAUCGUGGAAUUGGCGGAUGACUUUGAUCAGCUUCGCGGGAAUCCCGGCCCUGGCCACAACCUUCCAUAGCAUCUCUCGGUCCACCGAAUCAUUCGCCUUCUUCAAGUUGACGAAACACAUGUAGAACGGUAUUUUCGUUCUCCGCCCCAGCUCCUGGAGGCGGCGCACGACGAACAGCAUGUCGACGGUGGAUCGCCCGGGUCGACAUCCGCCCUGUUCCUCCAGGAGGAUGUUAUUGGCUUCGCAGAAGGCGCUUAGACGGUUGGUGAUGAUCUUGAUGGGGACCUCGCCUACUUGAGAUCGUAGCGAAAUCCCCCUGUAGUUGUUGCAGUUGGACCGGUCACCCUUCUUGUACAGCACCUUGAUGGUUGCAUCCUUCCACUCUCGCGGGAUAUCUCCUCCGUUCCACACCUUGACGAGGAUGGUAUGGGGGUGUCCCAGGACGAAGGGUUCGUCGUCAUCGAUCUUGAGCAACUCGACAGGGAGGGAGUCAUGGCUGGGUGCCUUCCAGUUCUUGAGGCCUUUCGUUGCCCGUGCCACCUCCUCAAGGUCUGGCACCUCUCCCCACCGUUGAGUGUCACGUGUCGCUGGCAGCUGCGUCACUCGAUCGAUGAUGUCUGGGUUCAGGGUGGGGGAUUUGGUAUUGAGUAUGGUGCUGAAGAAUCUCGCCCACCGCUGUAGAUGUCGUCCCUGUUCUGGAGCAACACGCCGUUCUCGUCCGCGACGAACUGCUGCCCCCCCGCUUGUCUCCCGCUGAGGCACACUGAUCUCUUGAAGUGUUGGUACAGUCCUCGUAUGUCGCGAUCUUUGUAAAGUGCUUCGAGUUCAGUCCCAUAUCCGUCCAGGUGGGCAUGAAUGCCCGUUUCGACUGCUGUAGCCACUCCCUCACACGCUGCUUUGAGAACCCUCCACGUUGCUGAGUUCCAGUUGCCCCUCAUCGCCCGGCGCGCUUCCCGCCGUUUGGUAAGGGCCUGCUCCAGCGCUGCUCGCGUCUCUGAGGUCUCACACCACUCCUGCGUGCGGCGUCUCCGCGGUUCCUCCCCUAGGGUCGUCCGCGCUGCUUCGAGGAGAGCAUUGGUAAAGUCGGUCGCCAAUUCCGCGGCGGUGGUUGUUCGCUCGUCCAUUCGUGUGUCGAGGUCGAGGAGGAACCGAUUAGUCACCGCACAUCGUGUUGCUUCGAAUUGCAAUUCCCGUCGGUUGAAAUGCUUCUGUUUCGGUUCAGUCCGGACUGCACGGUUGUGGGCAAGCCUGCCACCGGGGUUGACGGUGGCUACCACCAUAUUGUGGUCUGAGUCUGCUUUGACUGGGCGAACCGGCUGGGGGAUGACAACCACGUUAGAUACUCAGCCGUGAUGUGCCUGCCUUAUCAGGAUGUAGUCAAGGCGCUUGCAAUCGGUUCCCGACACACCGUUGUAUGUGUGCCAUAUUCCGCCCUUGCCUGUCUCGAAGAACGUGUUCGUGAGAGCUAGCCUGUUUUCCGUUGCGAACUUCAACAGUAGCAUGCCAUUGUCGUUGAGCUCAUCACGCCCGUACAUUCCUAUUCCCCUUCCGUCCCCUCCGUCAAACCUAUCUCCCGUCCGCGUGUUGGCGUCCAUUAGGACAUACACCAUUCUUUGGAAGGGAUCCUCCGCACGAGACUGUCAAGUUUUCCCCAGAACACGCGCUUGCUGUCGGCGGUUGAAGUUUCGGUUGGAGCACACGCGGCUACGAAGUUGACCGCUCCACGGUGGCCUGCCAACAGGAACCUCAUGGCCAUAAGGCGUUCGUCGAUAAACUCCGUAGUGAACGUGGGUGUCUUGCACAGUGACUCUUUGACGGCUAUCCCCACACCAUGGACUCACCCAGUCUCCGUGCCACAGCAGAACACCCCGAAACCCGCUGCUGCAAAUUCCGUUCGACCUGCCCUCCGUGUCUCCUGCAUCCCUCCCAUCGAUACGUCUUGUCUCGCUGCCUCGUGUAGGACGCUAUAGGCUUGCCCGUAUCCAUUGGCCCCGUUUACAGCCAAAGUCCGCACAUUCCAGGUUGCUACCCUAAGAAGUUGACCCUGCUGUCUAUUUCGCGCGGCGCGCGCUGUUCUCUUAGCUAGCCUACGCGCCGCCCGACCCCUCCGUUUCCUCCAUCUUCCCCUCUUUUUUUGUGUUUUUGCUAUUUUCUUGCGAACAUUCGGGCUAAUGUGACAGUUACCCCGGUUCUUGCCUUGUUUCCCAAAGAGCUGUCUUCUUGUCCCGGAGCGGUGUGGCCCUCCAUCUCUGGACUCCCUCCUUUCCUCUCUCUGGGGCAUACCCCCACGGCGUGCGGUCACUCCGCCACCCUCACCGUCCUCUCUGCUGCUGCAUAGCCCCCGUGUUCAAACCGGGGCGUUUGGAUCCAGUCUCAUUUUGCAGCUACCAAAGCUGGCGGUUCACGAUCUACCCCGAUCUCACGACAGCAGGACUCCCGACGGCCAAACUCAGGAUCCCCCUCUCA